AAGGGACUCAAUCAACCAAUUCUAGUGGAUUAGCGGAAGGGACAAACAAUUUGCCAGCAACAUGUGGAGUUUAAUCGCGGUGGUGGCACUGUUGUACGCCUUGUUUGACGUGAACUACUUCAUACGAGUGGCGUUCACCAUUCUCCACGCUAUGCUCGUACCGGCAAAGAUAAAGGUGACCGAUAAGCAUACAAUCUACGGAUUCUGCACAACGCAGGACAUCGAUUUCCUGCUGAACCACAUGAACAACGCCCGGUAUCUGCGCGAACUGGACUUCUGCCGCUUUUACUGGUACGCCCGAACCCGCUUCUGGCCGUUGGGGAAUGCCAAAAACCUGCUUCAGGGUGAAUGCAUGGUGCGGUAUCGACGCAUGCUGCCCAUCUUCAGGCCCUACAAAGUCGAAACGAAGAUCAGUUGGUGGGAUGAUAAGUCGAUUUACUUUGAGCAUAAAUUUAUCACACUUCACGAUGGGUUCGUCCGCACCGUUGCCUACUCACGACAGCGGGCUAUCGGCACAUCGCUGCUUACGUACGUGCAACGGUUUCCGGAGUGCCGCCAGCGGCCGGAACAACCGGCAGUUCUAAAGGCGUGGAUCGAAGCCACCGAAGCGAGCAGCCAAAUGCUGCGCAAGUGAAAC